UGGUGCUGAAAGUCACAUGAUGGGAAAAUGGCGUUCUCCUGCAUGCAGAUAGUGUUGAUGGUAGGGAUGCUGGUAACUGGGAGUAUUAAUACACUAAGUAAAAAAGCACAAAACGAUUGUACAGUGAAAGGAUACCCAGACAAAUCAGCAAAUAACACUUCUAAGCCACAUGAGUUCAAUCAUCCAUGGUUUCAAACCCUUAUCAUGUUCAUCGGUGAAACAAUUUGUUUGAUUGGUUUUGUGAUCGUCAGGAAAAGAGAACGAGACAAAAGAAAGAAUGAGUUUUCUGUAACUCCACUGGAUGAACUGCCAAAACAGUUUCAGAACAGAUUAAUACAGUUUGUGGUAGCUUUUCCAACUAUUUGUGAUCUGAUUGGGACAUCUUUAGCAGGGAUUGGUCUUGUGUAUGUUGAUGCCUCUGUGUGGCAGAUGUUACGAGGAUCAAUCAUUAUAUUUGCUGGGAUAUUAUCUAAAAUCUUUCUGAAGAGGAAGUUGCGGGCUGUCCAUUGGAGUGGUAUGCUGGUAACAAUGAUAGGACUUGUUCUGGUUGGUUGUUCCAGUGUGUUUAAGUCCAAGACUUCUUCAUCCAGUGGAUCAAAAACAAUUUUAGGCAUCAUACUUAUCUUAGGAAGUCAGGUUGUCAGUGCCAGUCAGAUGGUCAUAGAAGAACUAUUUCUAAAGAAAAGGAGUCUUCACCCUCUUCAUGUUGUUGGUAUGGAGGGGACAUAUGGUGUUAUUAUGAUGUCUGCAAUUGUCCUGCCGGCCAUGUAUUACAUACCAGGAUCAGACGUAAACAACAGCUAUGAGAACAGCUUAGAUGCCCUGUAUCAGAUCUAUAAUGAGCCCAGACUACUGGUCUUCUGUCUUCUAUACCUGACGUCUAUUGCCUUCUAUAACUAUUUUGGACUGGCAGUGACUAAAUCUUUGACAGCUGUACAUAGAACUUUGAUUGAUGCCUGCAGAACAAUGCUGGUAUGGGGAGUGGAUCUUAUAAUAUACUAUGCAUUUGAUAAGGACUUUGGUGAGCCAUUUGACAAACAAUAUGGGCUUUUACAAGUGGAUGGGUUCUUGUUCUUACUGAUUGGUACAGCUCUGUAUAAUGAACUGAUUCACGUGGAGUGUAUUCCCUGUCUCAGGACACCAAUCAAAGACAUGGAAUACGUCACCAGUCCCCGUCACAGUGGAAACAUUCAGAGUGCCGAGUUCUCAGAUUCUGAUGAAAUUAACACAUCUGAGAGGACUCCUCUGAUACAGGACUGAAAUAGCACUUAAAACUAGGAAAUGGUUUUGUGUUGCACUCAGAGGGCUGAAUUAAUGCUGUCAAUGUAGUAAACUGGAAUGAGUUACUGUGUAAAAUAAAGGAUUGUCAGCAGUCAGAGAGUAUGCACUGAUAGAGCUACCUUGUCUACCAUAUACAUACAGUUUUUACAUUUUGAUAUUCAAGGUAUGAACCAAAGUGCCAUCCCCAUUGAUGAUGUUUACUUUUGAACAUAUUUUGUUGACAAUGUGUCAGUGGGAUUUGACAAGUUCUAAGAUGAUGUGCAAACUAUCUUAACAAAAUAGGUGCCAUUGUCUAUGCCUGUAUGCUGGUACAGUCUGUACAGUUUUUGCUUAAUAUUUAUAUAACAUCAACGUAAAAGAAUGUGAAUUAUAUCAGAGAUAAAGGAACAGCCACACUUAUAUUACUUAUUUAUAAGGCACAUCAGAACAAUCAAGAUUACAAAAGCAACAUAAUGUUUGUUUACAAAAGAUUACAGAGAUUUUUUUCAGCAUUAGCCAUUGAAAUGGUAGGUUACAUAUACUUAAAAUGUCAUGAAAAAAGUUGCAUUUGUGUUCAGUCCCUCUACAUUAUACGUACAUUGGGUGUGACUAAAUUAUCUUUAAUUUUUUGUCUUCAGUUUACAACUAAAAAUUAAAAGAAGAACAAUUUUGAUUGAUACCACUAAAAAAAGUGUAAAAAAGAAAAUAUAGAAUGUAUCUUCUGUCACAGAGGGCUGUAAUUGUACAUCUUUACUGUCUCAAUAUUCAUAUUGUGAUAUUGCUAUGGUUGUAAUGAAUUUUACUUGCAUAAUAUACAAGCAUUGGAACUUUGAAAUUAACUUAUUACUUGAUGUCUACUGUUACAUGACAGAAUGAUUCCCUUUGUCAACAGGUUAUAUGUCAACAAUUUUUAAUGUAUAAUUCACAAUUGACAAAAUCUUGUAAAAUGUUUUAAUUAAUAAGUUCUGUGAUAUACGUAUACAUCUGUAAAUAAAACACUUCAUCGCCUUGUUCAGAACAUUAGAAAUACGAUAUUAUUUUUGCUUCCUAUUUUUG